CUUCUAAGGGGGCUUUUCUGGGUUUACUGGAUUUCCUCUUGAAUUGUUGUAUAGUGGAGAUGGAUAUGAUUGGGUGGUUUCACUCGUGACACGAUGAUAUUCGAGUGGUCCGUCGGUGAUCCAAAUUUUCUGAAAAAAAAAAAGAAUUUGAGUCCGGUGUUUCCAAACCCGACCGUUAGUUUCUACAUAACCCCACCAAGAUUCCGUGAUCCCACCCACAGCUGAAAAUCCUUAAAGAUCUGUUGAUUGUCUUCUCUGUACGUGAUUCACUUGUUUGUUGUUCAAUUUCAAUGGAAGCUACCCUACUAAGAUCCCCCUUUUCUCCCUUCAUCUCCAAAGCCCAUUUCCCCAAACCAUUCGCUACAUUUCGGCCUCCAAUGUGGAAGAAUUGGAACCUGCAGACCCCCAAUUUAGGGUUUUUGAAGACCGGUCUUCAAUCUGUUCAGGCAUCUGCUACUUCAUUCGGGUCAAAGAGCGAGACUAGGGUGGAUGAGAGCGAGGUCUAUACUCUUGAUGGUAUUAGAAGUUCUUUAAUUCGACAGGAAGAUAGCAUUAUAUUUAGUCUUUUGGAAAGAGCACAAUAUUGUUACAACGAGGACGCAUAUGACCCUAAUGCUUUCUUCAUGGAUGGCUUCCAGGGUUCUUUGGUCGAGUUUAUGGUCAAAGAAACCGAAAAGGUCUAUGCUCAGGUUGGAAGAUACAUGAGUCCUGAUGAGCAUCCAUUCUUCCCAAAUGACUUACCUGACCCGUUGUUACCACCUUUGCAGUACCCUCAGGUGUUGCAUUCUUGUGCUAAUGAUAUUAAUAUUAACAACAAAGUAUGGGAUAUAUACUUUAAAGACCUUCUCCCUAGGCUAGUCAAAGAAGGAAAUGAUGGUAAUUGCGGAUCAGCAGCCACAUGUGACUCCAACUGCUUGCAGGCUCUCUCUAAAAGAAUUCACUAUGGUAAGUUUGUAGCCGAAGCCAAAUUCCGAGCUUCACCUGCUGAUUAUGAAGCUGCCAUUAAAGCACAAGACAGAGAAAAGCUAAUGAAUUUGUUAACGUACCCGGCUGUGGAAGAUGCAAUUAAGAAUAGAGUGAAAACUAAAACCAUGACUUUCGGGCAAGUGGUGAGGGUCGGGUUUGGGGAAGACGCGACAGAACCGGUGUACAAAAUAAACCCGAGCUUGGUUGCGGAUGUUUACGGGGAGUGGAUCAUGCCGUUGACUAAGGAAGUGCAGGUGGACUACUUGUUGAGAAGACUUGAUUGAGAUUCAAGAUUCAUUGAUUUUUAAGUUCAUUUGUAGGAAAUGAGUCACAUGACAAAUUUUGGAGGAAAUAUCUAAGAUAAUUGUCGUUUAACUUAAUUUUUUAAUAAAUUUUAAAUCAUACUUUUUACUCGUUUUAAA